AUGACUGUCUGCUACGAACAUCCCUCGCGGGGCCUCACGCCGACCUCAAUGGCGACGCUGUCAGAUCGAUUUGAAUUGAUGAAGGAGGUUGGUGACGGCAGCUUUGGUAGCGUUGCGGUAGCACGUGUACGAACCGCCGGUUCCAACAUCGCCCGUCGGGGCACUCUGGUUGCCAUCAAAACAAUGAAGAAGACAUUCGAUUCAUUGGCUCCAUGCUUGGAGCUGCGGGAAGUGAUCUUCCUUCGAACGCUCCCUCCUCACCCUCACCUGGUCCCGGCCCUUGACAUUUUCCUCGACCCGCUCACCCGCAAGCUGCACAUCGCCAUGGAGUACAUGGACGGCAAUCUUUACCAGUUGAUGAAGGCACGAGACCACAAAUACCUGGACGGAAAGCAUGUCAAGAGUAUCCUCUACCAAAUCCUGUGUGGUCUCGACCAUAUCCACGCCCACCACUUCUUCCACCGGGAUAUCAAGCCAGAGAACAUCCUGGUUUCCACAUCCGCUCCGAACGACUCCACUUUCAGCCGCUAUUCGAAUCUCGUCACUCCUCCAUCUACCCCUACGACUUAUACAGUGAAGAUUGCCGAUUUCGGUCUCGCUCGUGAGACGCAUUCCAAGUUACCUUACACCACAUACGUUUCCACACGAUGGUACCGCGCUCCAGAGGUUCUUCUACGUGCGGGCGAAUACUCUGCGCCCGUAGAUAUGUGGGCUGUUGGUGCCAUGGCAGUGGAGAUUGCGACGCUCAAGCCCCUUUUCCCCGGCGGUAACGAGGUUGACCAAGUUUGGCGUGUCUGUGAGAUCAUGGGCAGCCCAGGGAACUGGUACAGCAAGUCUGGUGCUAAGCUUGGUGGUGGUGAGUGGAAAGACGGCUCUCGGCUCGCGCAGAAGCUAGGCUUUACGUUCCCAAAGAUGGCACCCCAUUCAAUGGAAAGCAUUCUGCCAGCCCCACAGUGGCCAGCGGCUCUGAGUAACUUUGUGACCUGGUGUCUUAUGUGGGAUCCCAAGAAUCGACCUACCUCUUCACAGGCAAUGCAGCACGAAUACUUCGCUGAUGCAGUGGAUCCCUUGAGCGUGAGACCGAGGUCCUCAACUGCACGACUUCUCGGUCGAAAGCAGUCUGAAAAGAGCGUCAAAUCUCCCACCAAGGAUACCUACGAAUCCCCCACGCUAUCGUCUAAACCAUCAUGGUUCAGAAGGUCAUUAAUUGGCAGAUCAGAGAGCCCUGCUCUUGUUGAGCCCGAGCAGCCUUCCAAGCCAACACUCCCUGCACUUGACUCGAAUGUUGAUCCGCAGUUGCUGAAGCCAAAACACUCCACAAGCAAACGUGCUACUUGGGCUCAUGGUGCUCCAAUGCCAAUCCUACCCUCCAUCCGUCCCGUCUCUCCUCUAUCUAACGCAGUCACUGCCCAAGCCAAUCCUCCAGCCCAAGAAUCAAAUACCAACGCCGCCAAGUCAAGCAAGAAGAUCGGCCGUCAACUUUCAGUUAACUCUCACGGAAAUCACUAUGGCGAUGUCCACCGACAAGAAGCGGAGAGAGCACUGAACGGCCUAGGAAACAACAGCACCAGUACCAUCAGCCAGAAGGAGAGCUUCUUCUCCCACCUUCGGAAACGCGCUCGCCGACUCUCCGGUCGCAACCAGAAUGCGAUGAAUGAUGAUAUUGAGGCCAACGCGGGCUGCAUGCCUUGGUCAAAUCGUUCAUCGCUAGCUCUGGAUUCUGUCAACGUUAGUGAGGCAAAGCAAAACUCUGAUUUUUCGGAGUUAGACAAGGCCGUUCAGAACGUGAGGUACUCCAUGGAUUCGGCCGCUUUGGGAAACGUUCCGGUUAGCAUCACCACCCCUGUUGAAGCUAGCAAGCGUCAGUCAAUGCCUCAAGGGUCCAUUCGCUCAAUGGGAGAUAGCCCGGCCUCGAUGAAUGGUAAUGGUGGGCCAAUAUCGAGUCGCACCCGACGUGCGAUGCAGAUGACCAACCACCCGGUUCACCGCUACGAGACACCCGAGGAGGAGGAUGAGCUUCUAGAUGAAGUCCUGCACUCCGCCAGCAGUGCUGCAAUGCGUUUGGCACAAGCACAGAUGUCAGACACAUCGUCAAACUACAGCCGUCCUCUGUGCAACGAGCAAUCCCACAAUUUGCCUAGUCCUUAUCCCACUCCUUCGCCGUCGGCUAAAUGCGACGGAGUGUCUUUCGGUAAUGAGGAUGCCGCACCGAACAGACGCCUACCACUUUCGGACGAAAAAUCAGCCACUAGUGCAACCCGUCAGUGGCCUACACCGCCAUACGAUGAUGGAGACUGGAUGAACCCAGCCUCCACAAAAUUUUUGACAGGCUCCACCUACAGGUAG